CCUGAGGCAGCGCGAGGCGGGGCGCGCUCCGCUCCGCGCCGGGCCCGCCCCGCCGCCCGUCGUCCCCGCGCCGCCUCUCGCUCCGGUGCCCGUGCUGAGUCACGGCCAGCUCGGGGCUGCCCGGAGCCGUAGGUGUCGCGAAGAGCCCGCCGGCCACCGCCUGAGCAGUGCUAUGGGGACGGAGGGCGCCCGUGCCCUGCUGGAGCGCGCCGGCACGCUCACCUUGCAGACCGGCAACCUGCUCAACUGGGGCUGCCUCCGCAAGAAGUGCCCGGCCACCCCCGGCGAGGAGGUGCGGGACUGCAUCCAGAAAACACUGACUGAGUGGAGCUCAAAGAUCAGCCAAGACCAAAAUCAGGAAACACUGGAGGUUCUGGAAUGUUCUGUAGCUCAAGCUAUAGAAAAAAUAAAUCCUGAAGAAAGGGAUGAGUUGAAAGUAUCAGCAAAGCUUUUCAUCGUUGGAUCAAAUUCUUCAUCGAUCAGAGACGCAGUUGACCUGGCAUGUUCUGCCCUCGGAAUUGCUCAGUUAGACUCAGUCAUUAUUGUCCCACCUCCUGUUGAAGAUGGAACUAACCUCUCCUUGGAAUAUUUGCAACCUUAUUGGAAAGAACUUGAAAAUCUAGUUCAAAACAAAAAGAUUGUUGCCAUAGGUACCUCUGACCUAGAUAAAACACUGUUAGAGCAGCUGUAUCUGUGGGCACAGGUGAAACCAAGUAGUAAUCAGGUGAACCUAGCUUCCUGUUGUGUGAUGCCACCUGAUCUCACAGCAUUUGCAAAAGAAUGUGACAUACAACUGCUAACUCACAAUGACCCCAAAGAAUUACUUUGUGAAGCAAGCUUCCAAGAAGUUCUCCAGGAAAGCAUCCAGAACAUGAAAGCAAACAAGUGGAUUCCUUUAUGGCUUCUGCGGUAUUCAGUCAUUGUUAAAAGCAGAGGAAUUAUCAAGUCCAAAGGCUAUAUCCUACAAGCUAAAAGAAAUGCAUCUUAAAGUCUUUUUUUCUUUUUUCUUUUUUUUUUUUUUUUUGUAAAGGCUGUUUAAAUUUCUUUGGGAUGGGGGAACAUUGCAUUUUUCACAGAAAGAUUUUUACAGCAUUUAUAAUGAACUACCAAAAGUUGUAAUUAUUCAGUGUGAUUCAGUAGGAGUGUCUGUAGUGUUUUAAUGCUAUUUUUCUUAACUAUUGAUGGGUUCAUUCAAAAUAUGAAAUAUUUUGAGGCUUUUUUUAUUGAAGUUAUCUAUAGAGUAACAGUUUAAAAUAAUUUUCUUUUUAUGACCAGUUCACUGUAAAAAUUAUCAUUAUAUUUUAGCUGCCAUUAGGUAGUACGGAGAAACAUAUUUUUUUGGUUUUUUUAAAAUCUCUUAAAUCAUACUUAUCUGGUGAAUACACAUUUCAAGCAUUCAAGGACUAGCUUUUUUAGAAAAUUGUCAUUUUUUUAAUGAUACAAUACCCCCAAAAAUUAAGCUGUUAUCUUAUUACUUGAUAUGUAUAUAUAGGCAAGUCAGCUGUUUAAUUUGGGGCGUGGGAAAAUUGGUUUAUUUUUAAUGGAGUAGAAAAGACCCCUAUGAUUUAGAAGAAAAUGCAUCUUCCAAAUUACUUUCUGAUUGUUACUUGAAUUCCUUCUGGCUUCUUUGUGCCUCGAUAUGCUUCAUUGUUCGCACAAGUGUGAUGGCAUUUUUACUGUUUGAAAUAGAAAAUGUAUUAAUAGUGAAUGUUUAAAAUAAGAUUUGAAAACAAGCGAUGAGGAAAUCUGCUAAUCAAAAAUUGUGCCUGUCUCCUUCUCAACUGUGGCUUGUUUUUUUGAUACUUGUGAACUACACAAGCAAUUAGCCAAGUAGAAUAGACAGUAAAUGCUGAUGCUGUUCAUUAAAGUUAAUUACUUCUGGUGUGGUUGCCUGGGAAACCUGUUGCUUGAGUGCCACUCAGGAAAGGUGAAGCAAGGCUUACCCUGAAGUUAGGUAUCUUUCUGAUUGGCAGCAGUUUAGCACAUUGGCUUUUUAAUCCCAGAGAGAUUGCUGCAGCUAAGGCAAGGCUUUGGUUAAUGUAGUCCUUCUGUCAAAAAGACUUUUUCCUUUCCUUGGCCUUUAAAUGAGAGUAGAUACCUAAAGUUCAACUUGUAGUUUAGCAGGAACUUUGAUACCAAGUGUCUAAAAUAGUAAAUUACAUUUUGAUUUCAGACAGGGGCAUGGCCUCAUACUGGUAGUAGUCAUUAACUUUGUUGUACAUGUUUUGAGAUUUGGACUGUAAGGGAAGGAAUUUUCACCAACAUCUUUCAAAAUCUUCAUAUAGGCAGCAAGUGGAAUUUGAAUGCCUGUAGGUAGUGUCAGGAGUGUCAGCUUCCUAUAAUCCAUUCCACUACGUUUAAUGAUUAAGGUUUUUCAAGGUACAUUAGUUCUCAAAUACCGUUUUUGUAGCGGCAAAUAGCAGGAAAUUUUCUUGGCUUCUUCAGUUCUUUUGACAAAUGAGAGAAACAGGGAAUUGAAACUAGUAAUGCAUCAAUAAAAGUUUGGAUUUUUUCUCUUAAUAAAAA